AUGCUACUUGACGAACUUUGUACAAAGCAGAGAGAAGAUAUGAUGAAAGAAGACAAAAGCAUACAGAAAAGAAUACCGCGUUCAGUACCAAAAGGAAAGGAAAAGAGUUAUAAGUAUAUGAUUUACACUGAAGAGAUGGAAAAAGAAGAAGAUAAAGAUAUGGUUAUGUUACAUUUAGUCAGAAGAAACAACAAGAGCUUUUAUGACCUCGCUAAAAUAUAUAAAUCUGACAGAAACUGGUUCUAUCGUGAAAACUUACCGAUUUCAAUGACACCGAAUGAGCAAAUAAAAGAAAUUGUCAAAAAAUACUCUUCCUCAAACACACUAUGA